AUGUCCUCCACCAGUCUCCUCCGCCUCUCUCUCUCCCCUCACAAUUCAACUCUCCACCGCCGCCAUGAACUACCUCCACUCUACCACCAACGACGUCGUCCGCCAAUCCCACAUUCGCCGAAAUUGCGUGCAUUCAGCAGGAUAUCCUCGAAAGCGGUCGGGUUUACAUCCCCGGGGGAAUUCCAGCUGCAGGAGAAGACAGCUCGGGAAGAGGCCGACACGACCGUGCUGCUCGAAGUGUCCGGGAUGAUGUGCGGGGCGUGCGUGGCGCGGGUCAAGUCGGUCAUCUCCGCCGACGAGCGCGUUGACUCGGUCGUGGUCAACAUGCUGACCGAGACCGCUGCGAUCAAGCUGAAGGAAAGAGCCGGAGUAGACUUCUCCCGCGCGGCGGAGGAGCUAGCGGAGAGAGUGUCGGCGAGCGGAUUCGGUGCGCGGCGGAGGGCGUCGGGGGAGGGGGUGGAGGCGAAGGUGCGGAAGUGGAGGGAGACGGUGGAGAAGAAGGAUGCACUGCUCGUGAAAAGUAGAAACCGGGUGGCGUUUGCUUGGACUCUGGUUGCUCUGUGUUGCGGCUCUCACGCAUCUCAUAUUUUGCAUUCCGUGGGAAUUCAUGUCGGCCAUGGAUCAAUCAUGGAUAUUCUGCAUAACUCAUAUGUGAAAGGUGGUUUGGCUUUGGGCUCUCUUUUGGGACCUGGACGAGACCUGCUUUUUGAUGGAUUGAAGGCCUUCAGAAAGGGUUCGCCAAAUAUGAACUCUCUCGUUGGUUUUGGAUCAAUAGCUGCAUUUGCAAUAAGUGCGGUCUCGCUUCUCAACCCCGAACUUCAGUGGAAUGCUGCCUUUUUUGAUGAACCGGUCAUGCUUCUUGGUUUUAUCCUACUAGGGCGUUCACUUGAAGAAAGAGCUAGGAUCAAGGCAUCCAGUGACAUGAAUGAGCUGUUAUCGCUUAUAUCAACUAUAUCAAGACUUGUAAUUGCCCCGUCUGGGAGUGAGGUCUCCGAGGACAGUGUUCUAUGUUCUGAUGCAAUGUGCAUUGAAGUUCCUACGGAUGACGUUCGAGUUGGUGAUUCAAUCUUGGUCUUACCUGGAGAAACAGUGCCUGUAGAUGGAAAGGUCCUCGCGGGUCGAAGUGUUGUGGAUGAAUCCAUGCUUACUGGUGAAUCUCUUCCCGUAUUCAAGGAAAAGGGCAAUUCUGUUUCAGCAGGAACAGUUAAUUGGGAUGGUCCUCUGAGGAUAGAGGCCUCUUCAACCGGUUCAAAUUCUACUAUAUCAAAGAUUGUUAGCAUGGUUGAGGAUGCUCAGGGACGUGAAGCACCCAUUCAAAGGCUUGCAGAUUCAAUAGCUGGGCCUUUUGUUUAUAGUGUCAUGACACUUUCAGCUGCCACAUUUGCUUUUUGGCAAUAUAUCGGAACUCAUAUCUUCCCUGAUGUGUUGCUUAAUGAUAUAGCUGGGCCAGAUGGAAAUUCUCUUCUAUUGAGCAUGAAGCUCGCUGUGGAUGUUUUGGUUGUUUCUUGCCCAUGCGCUUUGGGCCUUGCAACACCAACGGCAAUUCUAGUUGGCACCUCUCUUGGAGCAAAACAGGGACUUCUUAUAAGAGGAGGAGAUGUACUAGAGCGCUUGGCCGGGAUAGACUACAUCACCUUGGAUAAAACAGGAACUCUCACUGAAGGAAGACCUUCCGUGUCAGCUGUUGCAUCCAUCGGACAUGAAGAAUCAGAAAUACUUCAAAUUGCAACCGCAGUGGAAAAAACAGCUUCACAUCCACUUGCAAAUGCUAUUAUAGCUAAAGCCCACUCAUUGGAUUUGAAUAUUCCUAGUACAAGGGGUCAAUUAACCGAACCAGGCUCGGGAACCUUGGCAGAGGUAGAUGGGCUUUUAGUGGCAGUUGGAAAAUUAAGUUGGGUUCAAGAGCGCUUUCAGCAAAAAACAAGCUUAUCCGAUGUGAAGAGACUUGAGGAGUCUGUGACACGUCAAUUGUCAACGGAAGGCUUAUCCUCAAACCACUCGAGAACGAUUGUUUAUGUUGGUAGAGAAGGAGAAGGCAUCAUUGGUGCUAUUGCAAUAUCAGACAAUUUGAGACGUGAUGCCAAAUCUACAGUAACUAGGCUUCAGGGGAAAGGAAUUCGUACAGUCCUCUUGUCAGGGGACAGGGAAGAGGCAGUUGCAACUGUAGCAAAGACAGUCGGAAUAGAAAAUGAAUUUGUGAAUAGUUCAUUAACACCACAGCAGAAAUCUGGGGUUAUUUCACGUCUCCAAGCGUCAGGCCACCGUGUUGCUAUGGUUGGCGAUGGCAUUAAUGAUGCACCCUCCCUUGCUCUUGCCGAUGUUGGGAUUGCAAUGCGAACUGAAGGACAGGAAAAUGCUGCAUCAAAUGCAGCAUCUAUUAUACUCUUGGGAAAUAGACUGUCACAGGUGGUAGAUGCAAUCGACCUUGCAAAAUCAACAAUGGCCAAAGUUCGUCAAAAUCUGACUUGGGCAGUUGCGUAUAAUGUUAUUGCAAUCCCCAUGGCAGCUGGGGUGCUGCUUCCCCAAUUUGAUUUUGCCAUGACACCUUCUCUUUCAGGGGGAAUGAUGGCCUUGAGCUCGAUAUUUGUCGUCACAAACUCACUGCUUCUGCAGUUUCACAGGACUCAGAAGAAGAAUGAAAAGAGCAAAGCCGAUGUUUAUUCUCUCAAUAGACAAUAA